AUGGCAAAGCCCAUCCGAGGUUUACAUGCUGCUUUAAAUGCAUCUGGAAGAUACAAGUUUCGAAGUCCAGACUUUGAAGUUGAUCAUCUCAUCAUUGGAGGAGGUGUCGUUGGCCUCGCUAUUGCAAGAGAGUUGUCACUAAAGAGACCCCACAAGUCUACCUAUCUCGUUGAGCGGCAUACACGGACAGGCGAAGAAACAAGUUCGAGAAAUUCAGAGGUUAUCCAUGGAGGUUUCUACUACCCGGAGAAUUCAUAUAAAACACGGCUGUGUCUGAUGGGCAGAAGGCUCCUCUAUGACUACUGUGACUCUCAUGCAGUUCCUUACAAGAAGACAGGGAAACUAGUCGUCGGCCACGAACACCAACGAAACUAUCUGGAGAACCUGUACCAAAAGACGCAGUCUCUUCGAUGGCCUGCUGUUCUGGAGAAGGACACGGAUCUUCCUCAAGGAAAUAAUCUCGCAGUUCCAGCUCGCUUGUUAACUGGGAACGAAGCUCGGGGGUUGGAGCCUGACCUCUCUCGAGACAUCGCCUGCGCACUACUCAGCACAGAAACCGGCAUCAUCGACGUACAUACCUACAUGGAGGCGUUAGAGAAGGAUAUCAGCGAAAGCGAAGCCGGAUCUGUUGUGUGCUCGACCAACGUCGUCAGAGUCGACCCUACCAAAGACGGUUGGGUGGUUCAGAUGAGCACAAGUCCAGAAGACUCAGAAGGAGGCGGCCAGACGGACUCUGUACUAGCCAAGACCCUCAUCAAUUCGUCUGGCCUUUCUGCGCCGUUCAUUCUCAAUGCUCUCGGGCGAGGCGCGGACCCUCCGCUUGCGGAUAUCCCCAUUUACUACGCACGUGGGUCGUAUGCCUCUUACCGUGGACCAGGCGUUACCAAUGUCAAGCAUCUCAUCUAUCCCGUGCCAAACAUAGGCGUUAACAAGCACGGCUUUGCUGGCUUGGGUACCCAUUUGACACUCGAUUUAGGGGGUAAUAUCAAAUUUGGUCCAGACAUAGAAUGGAUUGAGCCACCCAAGUCUACCUCAGACGAGGAGGCGAUCGACUUUUGGAUAGAUCAUCUCGUCGCGUCAGACGACACAUCUUCUAUGUUUCAAUCGGUACGCUCGUACCUGCCAGGUAUCGAAAAGAGCGUCUAA